AUGGAUAGUCAAGCAACUGAUGUAGCUCGUCAAAUGUCUGCUAUAUCUGCUUACCAAUUGAAUAUUCAAAAUUCUCAAUCGAGUUUAGGACAAACAAAUGCAACAGAUGUUAUUGGAAAACCAAGAUCUACAAAUACAUCAGCCAUCUCGAAGCAAUUAAUGGAUCUACCAAAAUAUACUAACACCAUAAUAGAACAGCAAAUACUCACGUCACAAUCAAUACCUCACGCUAAUGCUAAUAAUUCAACUUGUAUAUGGCCAAUAGGAGUUUCUUAUCAACCUGAUUUCAUUGAAAUCGUUAUUACUGAUGAUGAAAUGAAUGCCUAUUGCGACAUGAUAAAAGAUUUUUUUUGA